ACACCAUUUAGAAUUAUUUUUUCUAAAUUUGACAGUAAAUGAAAGCACCAUUUUCUCUGCUUAUACCCCAGAGCUGCUCCUGCUCCUGCUCCUGGUCCGCGUUUUCUCUCUAUCUCGCUUCCUGUCCUGUUUCCUCCUUCUCUUCUAUAUAACAAAAGUAAGCCACACCUUAAACCAAGAAGCCUUUUAUUUUUCUUUUUUUUUUUAAAUUUAACUUUAAAUUAGUGAAAAGAAAAUGAAAAGAGAAGAGAUUGUGAGGAAUCGGAAUUUCCUCGCCGAUAAGAGAUGGUUUCUCCCUAUCGCUAUCGCUGCCUUUAUUGCAGGAGCGAUAAUAAUCUCGAGCUUCAUAAAAACUGCCGAUUAUUCCCUCCUAUGCUCUCUCGCCAACUCCAGAUCCCAAGCCGUGGCUGAUUACUCCGCUACGCCGAUCCAACUCCAAGCCAUCAUCCACUACGCUACGUCACGUAUCAUCCCGCAGCAAAGCUUCGCCGAGAUCUCCAUAACCUUUGACGUCCUCAAGAAACUCUCUCCUUGCAACUUCCUGGUCUUUGGGCUUGGCUACGACUCCCUAAUGUGGACUUCCCUUAAUCCACGUGGCACGACCAUAUUCCUCGAGGAGGAUCCGAAAUGGGUGCAGACCGUGCUCAAAGACGCUCCAAACCUCCACGCGCACGCCGUCAAGUACCGUACGCAGCUCCAGCAAGCAGACGAUCUGCUCUCCCAUUACCAGUCGGAACCGAGCUGUUCUCCAUCGGAAGCUUACUUACGAGGCAACGAGAAGUGCAAGCUAGCCUUAACGGGGUUUCCGGAUGAGUUUUACGAGACGCAGUGGGAUCUGAUAAUGAUCGACGCACCGCGGGGAUAUUUCGCUGUGGCACCAGGUAGGAUGGCGGCGAUAUUCUCGGCAGCCGUUAUGGCGAGGAACAGGAAAGGAUCUGGUGUGACGCACGUGUUCUUGCACGAUGUUGAUCGGAGAGUGGAGAAGGUAUUCGCCGAGGAGUUUUUGUGUAGAAAAUUCUUGGUGAAAAGCGUCGGUAGACUUUGGCAUUUCGAGAUUCCAUCCGCUGCUAACAUGAGCAGCUAUGACGGUGCCCGAUUUUGCUAAAAUGCGCCCCUUCUGCUCAUUGCUUUUGUUUUGUUUUGUUUUUUUUUUUAACUUUUAAUUUUAGAAAAUUUAGUUUCUAUUUACCUUCUUAUUUUAAAAGAAUGAAUGUAUGAGGGUGUAUCGACCCAAUGAAAAUGAUAUAAUAUGAUAAAAUAUACCUGGAAAUAAUAUUUACUGCGGUAGGAUUUUUCUUCUGGCUAAUACUACGGGGUAUUUUUAAAAUAAAAGGGUGUGCUCUUUUACUGAGAUAGGUGGGGGAGGCUGAUUGAUGGCUUUGGGGGAUAACAGGGAUUUUGGUUUUCACUCAUUGUUUGUACUGUUUGACACCCUAGUGUUUGAGCGCGAUGAAAUAUCGUUGUCUUGUCUGCCCCCACUUUAUUAUUACAGGCAAUAAAUAUCUCCCGUAUGUGGUUUGAAUUUUGA